AUGGUUGAAGCAACUCUCCCUCCUCUUCCUUACGAGUACAACGCUCUCGAGCCUUUCAUUUCGGCUGAGAUCAUGACGCUUCACCACUCGAAGCACCACCAGACGUACAUCAACAACCUCAACGCCGCCAGCAAAGCCUCCGUUGAGGCUGAGAAGAAUGGCGAUCUUCAAAAGGUGCUCGAGCUUCAGAGUGCGAUCAAGUUCAAUGGCGGUAGCCACAUGAACCACUCGCUCUUUUGGAAGAUUAUGGCUCCCCCGAGCCAGGGCGGUGGUAAGCUGGAGGAUGGUCAGCUCAAGCAGGCCAUCGAAAAGGAGUUCGGCGACAUUGAAACGUUCAAGAACAAGUUCAACAGUGCCUCAGCUGCGAUUCAGGGCUCGGGUUGGUGCUGGCUCGGUCUUAGCAAGACGGGCAACCUUGAUAUCGUAACGACCAAGGACCAGGACCCUCUUUUGUCGCACCACGCGAUCAUUGGCAGUGACAUUUGGGAGCACUCGUGGUACCUCCAGUACAGGAACGACAAGGCCACCUACUUUAAGCAGUGGUGGAACGUUGUCAACUGGAAGGAGGCCGAGAACCGCUACAAUGAAGCCAAGAAGGCCUCGCUCUAA